AGCAAUAACGCGCUAUAAAUCUUGUCAUUGUACUCACGUUAAUCCUGGUAUUUGAAUUCGAACCAUUUUGCGGAUUUUGCAAAGCACUGACAUUCCACACACAUUUGAAUUUGGUUUCACUUCACUACUUCCUUAUUUCACUUCCAGAUUUGAUAUAACUUUCAUAAAUCAUGAAGAUUGAAACUGAAGAAAUUGAUGAAUCUGUAGUAACAUUAGAUACAUAUAAUUCUGACUUGAAUUUAGUAAUUGAUGCAUCAAAAUAUUCUGCUCAUCCUUUGACAAAUGAAGGUUUUGCUUUCAUGUGGGCUGGAGCCCGAGCUACUCAUGGAAGUUCAAAAGGGAAAUUUUGUUUUGAGAUGAAGGUUCUGCAACAUCUGGAUGUUUCACACUUACCAUCAGAUGAACCUAAUCCGCAUGUUGUAAGAAUUGGAUUUUCUGUUGAGAGUUCAACCCUGCAGUUAGGAGAAGAUCCACUAUCAUAUGGUUAUGGUGGCACAGGGAAAAUAUCAACUAACUGCCAAUUCAAGGAUUAUGGUUCACCAUUUAUGGCUGGUGAUUGUAUUUUGGCAGCAGUGAAUAUGGACUCUGACCCUAUCCAGAUAGGAUUUGCAAAGAAUGGAAAAUUUUUAGGCUGGGCUUACAAAGUCAAUAAAAGUGAGCUGCAAGGAAAGGCAUUGUUUCCACAUGUAUUGACAAAAAACUGUGAAUUUGAUGUAAAUUUUGGACAAAAGGAAGAGUUACUAACACUUUUAAAGGAUGUAGAAAGAGGUGAUGUCAUCGAGCCUUUAGCAAGUCUAUGGGCAUCUCCCAUCGUCCUCGUCAGAAAGGAAGACGGCUCAACAAGAUUUUCCGUUGACUAUUACCGGUUAAAUGAGGUUACGAAGAAAGACAGUUACCCUCGUCCUAGAAUUGCCGAAAUUCUAGACAUUCUUUCUGGAAGCAAGUGGUUCUCAACACGUGAUUUAAAAGAGUGGAAGUCACCCCCGGUGCUUCAACUUGCAGCUGCCAAAAGGAAGAUUGCCAUACAUAAUUGCCUUAUCCUUGCUACAGAUGUCAUUACAUCUAUGAUUAUGAUGUGUGGAUUGCCAGGUGCUGGAAAAUCUGUAUGGGCAGCAGAGUAUUCAGAGAAGAAGCAUCCUGAUAAGAAAUACAAUGUUUUAGGAACCAAUAACAUUAUAGACAAAAUGAAGGUCAUGGGGUUACCUAGAAAGAGGAAUUAUGCUGGAAGAUGGGAUGUAUUAAUUCAGAUGGCUACUAAAUGUCUAAAUAAAAUGUUUGAGAUUGGUUCAAAACUGAGAAGAAAUUACAUACUGGAUCAGACCAAUGUUUAUCCAACUGCUCAAAGAAGGAAGAUGAGGAAUUUUGAGGGUUUUAAACGUAUAGCUGUUGUUGUUGUCCCAACUGAAGAAGAAUACAAAAGGCGCUGUGAUAAGAGAGAUCGCGAAGAGGGCAAAGAAGUGCCUGACCAGGCUGUUUUGGAAAUGAAAGCAAAUUUUAAGUUGCCAGAGGUUUCUGAUAUUUUCGAUGAUGUUAUUUAUACUGAGCUGCCAAAAGAAGAAGCAGAAAAACUUGUUCAUGUGUAUAAUGAGGAGGGUAGAGCAGCAGUAGGACCACCAAGAAAACAACAAUUCAGACCAAACCAGGAGCCUUCAGGGUUUGGGAAUAAUAGAGGUUUUGACACUGGACGUGGAAAUUUUGUUUCUAAUCGCAACACAUCAAGUCCAGGCCGAGGUGGUGGCUAUCCUAACCGGGGUAAUUUUGAAAGUUCGAGAGGUGGUCAUGAUGGCGGACGAGGCAGUUUUGGAGGUCGUGGUGGCUAUGGCGGAAAUCGAGGAUAUGAUGGUGGCCGUGGUGGCUACAAUAGUGGUUCUGGAGGGUAUGACGGUGGGCGGGGUGGAUAUGAUGGCAGUCGUGGUGGGUAUGACGGUGGGCGGGGUGGAUAUGAUGGCAGUCGUGGUGGGUAUGAUGGUGGGAGAGGAGGUUAUGGUAGCAAUCGAGGAGGAUAUGAUGGUGGCCGUGGUGCAUUUGACACCAAUCGAGGUGGUUAUGAUGGUGGGAGAGGGGGAUUUGAUGCUAAUCGAGGAGGUUAUGAUGUUGGCCGGGGAGGAUUUGAUAGAAAAAGAGGUUUUGAUGAGGGUCCAGGGCGCUUUGAUAGGUUGCAGCCUGGUCAUGGAAAUGGAAAUCGCAGUUUUGGGGGAAAUUCUCCUGGAGGUUAUGGUGGAGGAAGUCAAAGUCAUUAUGGGGGUGGUUAUGGUGCUUCAAGUAAUUACAGUGAAAGCUCUACUGGCUUUGGUAAUGGUUCGAAUACUUAUAGUUCUCGGGGAGCACCUAGAGGGAGAGGGGAAUUCAGACCCAUGCGGGGAGCUGCAGCUCAGAGUAAUUAUGGUGGUAGAGAUUUUAAUUAUGGUAAUGAUAGUUCAUCUGGGCAGUUUUCUGAAAGUAGCUUUAACAAAGAACCUGCCCUGGGUGCAUAUGAUAAAGGAGGUUCACCUGGUACCCGAGGCCAGCGGGGUUUUCGAGGAGCUCCUUCACGUGGUGGCAGUGUUGGUGCUAGAGGAAAUACUGCUAGCUCUAGAGGCUAUGCCAGUGGAGGUAACAUAUCAUCACGUGGAGGUUAUGGUGGUGAUUAUGGAAGAGAACCACCCAGUGCAUAUGGUAGUGGGUAUGGUAGUUAUGGAGAUUACAAUGAAAAACCCCAACCUGGCCCUGGCUUUAGAGGUGGCAGUGAAAGUUUUCCUCGAAGAGAUGCAGGUUCAUAUGGGUCUACACCUCAAGCUGGUUUUAAGAAAGAGCCAGGUCAAGGAGUUGAAAGCGGUGGUUUUGAUGGUUCCAGUAGAAAUGUGCGUGGUACUACGCGACCAAGUGGAAGGACAGGUACAAGAUGGUCUGCAGAAACUCCACAAACUUACCCUCAAAGAACACCUGCUGUCUCUCAAGAUUCGAGCCCUUAUUCUGGUUUUGGAGCUGCAGUCAAAUCUGAACCAGUAGGUGGUCCUGCUGCAAAUACACGCUAUGAUCAAUUCUCCGGGCAAGGAUCUAAUUAUGGAAACUUCGGCCAAGGCACUCCAUCUAAUCAAAGUUUUCAAGGAACACAAUCUUACGGCUAUCAACCAACAGGUGGUGCUGGGUCACAGCAGUGGGGUGGAGCCCAGGCAGGUUCUGCAGGAAAUCCAGUUGGACAACCACCAGCUGCUGAACAACCACAGUGGUCUCAAUUUUAUCAGCAACAACCGUCACAACCUAAUCAGUACUUUAGUCAAUAUUAUGGACAGCAGACUGCAACAACUACACCACCAUAUGGAUCUGUGUAUGGUGCAAAAUGAAAAAGCCUUCUGUUGGGUGUACAGAUAAUUUCACUUUUUUCUUUUAUCACAUUGUACAUUAAACUAGAAUAAAAGCAUCAUAACAAGGGGGAAUUACAACUUACUUGCAAAGUGUUUUUCAUCUCAUUUUCUGAUUGUCAUGAACAUUUUGGAAUUCUCUUAUCUCAAAAUUUUUGAGAAACAUCAGUAAAUUCAUUGUUCUCAAUAAUAGUUUAAUUGAAAAUGAGCACCAUUGUCUUAAGCAAUUUCAUUGAAAGAUCAUUUUUAGGGUUAUAGAAGUACAUGUAGAUAAUUUUUUUAUAAAUAUUGAAAAAAAAAUGUGGUUUGAUAAUUGACACGCAACUUCCUUUAGUUUUAUUGUCAUACUUAGAUCAGCUGUCAUACAUUUUGUAAACAUUUGAAAAGUCUUGUCUUUUUCUGAACUGUAUUUUGUAAAACAGUGUUCAUUCCAGCCAUUCCUUUUUCUAAAAUAAUUUGGGCGGCAUUUAUUUUUUGCAAAUUUCAGAAACUUGGUAAAUAUAAAUAGAAUUGACACGACAUAAUUUUGCACAAUUCCUUAUAAUUAACUGUCAAAUUACUUAUAGUAUUCUUUAAUUAGGUUGCUAAUGUUGAAUCUGUAAAAGUAGUUAUGUUGAUUUCUAGUAUUCUAUACCUAGAACAUCAUGUUUUAUUUACCACUUGAGAAAAAUAUAGUUUGCUUCUUUUUUAGACUUUAUGUUGAAAAUAGAUUGUGGAUAUAGAGCUGAGAACAUCUGUCUGCAUAUGCUAGCAGAAGCAUUAUUCAUCAAGCCAUUAAAUUUUCAUUUUACAUCAACCAUUUUAUGGUCCUGUACAUAUGUCAAAUUUAAAAGGGGUUAGUCAUUACUUAAUUCAAAGCUUACAGUUUUUUGAAUAAUUAUGUAUCAGAACUUCAAAAUGCAGCAUGGAAUUUGGUGAGGUUUUUUUCCCCCCCACCACAUAUUCAGUAUUGUCAUUUAGGGGUUCUCUGUUCUGUAUUAAUAGAGAAAAAUUUACCAUAUAUUAUUGUUCUACUUGGCAAGGGUGAUUUGUUUCAGCUCAAAUUACAGGCACAUAUAAAGUGUAAUGGCACUGUGUUUCUAUUGACAUCGGUAAAUUUAAAUAACUUAUUAUUAAAUAAGUACAUAAAAUGCAUUCAAUAAUACGUAUUUUCUAUUCAAUCUUUACCUUUUUAAAAAAAAUUAAAUUGGAUAAUUUAUUUGUGGUAAAAUAACGUCUCCUUUUCAUUUUGCACUAUAUACAUACAUACACAUUAAAUGAAUUCAAUUUUUUUUUUUUUUUUUUUUUUUUUUUUGUAUUUGCAGGAAAUUUUUAUUUCUGUUAUGUAAAUUAUGGAAUAACUUCUUGAUCAUAAUUCAGAAAAAUAUUACAGAAAAUUAACCAUUGAUACUGAAAUUAAUCUCGAAGCACUUUUAUUGAACUAUAUCCGCAAGACAUUUGCUUUUCAACUUAAAAGCAACAAAUAUGACCGAAUUUGAAAAUCUUCACUGUUACAUGUUUGAGUUUCAUUUGCCUGUUGUCUUCAAAGUUUUAAAGGAGUGUUUUACUGAGAUAAAUUGUAUCCUUGUGUAAAUAUGAUGGUUAAGUCAGAAUUUUAGUUGUUGAGACUCGUACAUGCUUUGUUUAUCAGUUCUUUGUGUAUCUGAAGAUUAAAUACAAUCUAAAUCAAUGUUUGAUCAAAAUCUGCAGAUGGCUAUAAUUCAACCAAAGAUUUAAAACAUUGAGAAAAAGCAAAGUACAGAAAUGUUUUGUCAAUAAGGAAAUGUAUGACUAGAAUUAACAGAAAUGCUUAAAUCAUUAUUGUAAAAUUCACUAGUGGAGUGUAUAUAGGUUUUUACAUACAUAGUAAUAAAGAACAGAUGUUCUUUUAGUGGUUAAUAAAUUUUGUUUCUCUUUGAAACUAAAUUUACUUCUUGAUUUAGUUUUACUCGUGUUUUUUCUGCUUAUAAAUCGAACUGUGUAAUCAUUUUAAUAAUUUUACUGGAUAUUCUGCAUCUUGAUUUACUGGUUAGAUGUCACCAGAAGAAAGAAAAUAGUUAGUGAAUUAAUUAUAAAGGAAGUUAGAUUUUUUUUUAAAUUUUCCUGCAUUAUGAGUGUUAUAUAUCUAUAUAUAUUAAACUUGUAUAUGUUACAAGUAAUUUUUUGCUCUUAUAAAGCAAUAAAUUCGAUCUGUAGGUUUUGGUUUGCAUUACAAAUUUUAUUUUGCAUCUUUUGUGACCGAUUUAUUUACAUUUUAUUCCUCUCAUAGUGCAAGAGUAUAUGUGGUGCAGUCAGAAAGAUUCAGUCAUUUGUCAUUGAUUGUAUUAUAUUUUGCAAUUAAAAGCUAAUUUUUAAAUUAUUAAAAUUUUGUUUUGACAUACAAGCAAACUAAAUUUUAUUGAUUUCAUGUGUUUUGAGGUAAGGGAGUUUUCAAUUUCCUUGCUUCAUUGUUUAUUAUCUAACAGUGCUCAAGGGAAAAACGUAAAUGAUAAGCAGUACAGUGAAAAUCAUGGUUCACGUUCAUUUCUGAAAAUAGAUGGUGAGUCAAAACACUUUUCCCCAAAGUACUUAAUAAAGUAUUUUGUAUGUGCAAAAUGUUAAUUUUUGAAAUGAAAAUUCUGUUCCAUAAAAGUAUUAAGCUGCUGCCAUUUUUGUCUCCCCUCAAACCUUUUUGGGGGGUGGUAUUUUUCAUUUUUCUUUAAACUCCGCUUGCCUCUACUUGAGAAUUGCUGAGCCUUUGUCUAAAAAAAUUGUCCGUUGUGAUUUUUUAUGUCUAUAUUUUAAAAUAUUUCUAGAUCAAGACAUGGCAUUUUCAUUGCUAAUAUUUAUGUGUGACGUACUACUGUUUUAUCGGGGUGAUAAUGUUCAGCAAAGUUUGCCAAGUUUCGUGGAUCAACUGAUUAUUUGAAAAUUUUUUCAACUACAUUAAUCAUGUUUUGGAGUAUCAUUUGUUGCAGGCUGUCUUGUUUGUAUCUUAAGAUAUCAUCAUCCAAGAAAUUUUUCAUCUUGAAAUAUUUUUGAGUCCAAGAUUCCACUGUACUUAUCUUGUGCGUCAAGAGAAUCAUUUAAACUUGGGUUCUUUUAUUUAGUUUGUUUUAUGUUAUAUGUCUUACUUUACAUUAUGUUAUAAAAGUAGCUAAUUCUUAUUCACCCAUUUUUUAAGUUUUUCAAACAAGCAAAAUGUGAAAUUAAUUGUGGAUUAAAAAGGGAAAAAAUGUUUGUGAAUUAAAAAGUUAAAAAAAAAAAUUGUGUGCUCUUGUCAAAGAAAAAAAGUAUUAAAAUUUUUCUCCAAUGUAUUGUUUAUAAAUAGAAAGACACUUUUCUUAAUAAGUAUAAAAAGCUUUGAAAUAAUUUACUGGCUGCUAAUUAUACUGAAAAUCGGAAUAAAUAGACGUACUUAUUAAAGUGAACUUAAGUACAUGUUUUAUUAUUUUAUUGCCAGUUUCUUUUCCUCUUUCGUUGUUCUUAAAUUCAAUGAAGUGUAAAAGUAUUAUUUAUUAUGAUGAAUAUAAAUUUAAAAUAGGGAAUAAUGGAAAUAUUAGUUUCAUUCAAGUUUAUAUAAAUUGGUAAUGCAUGUCGCUGUCAUUUACGUCAAUUCUUAUGUUUAAUUCUGUAUUCAACUAUUGUUAUAUAAUUUCACUUUAGUAAAAGAAAAAAUUAUAAAGACUGCAUACAUUUAAAUAGACAAAAGAAAACUGUAAAGUUUGGCUUAAACGAGAAUUGAUAGAGACCAAAUACAGUUUUUAUUCAACAGAUAUUGCAUAUUAAACAGUUGUGCGGAUUUUCAUGUACUGGAAUGUCUCUGAUCAUUUCAUAAUAUUUGGUUGAGUAAUUUAUUAUAUUGGAAACCUGAAAUGUAUUGAUUUUUGUUUUGAAUCUUCAAAUCUUGUGUAACGGUGUAACCAUUUGUAGCAUAAAGAGUUGCCAAAAUGAAACAGAAUUUUAUUGAUUUCUGUUAGUAACUUACUUGGAGCCUGUAACAGUUUAUUGCUUAGAUUACACACAGGAUGUAGAGACUAAUGCAUAGGUGUCAUUUUCUUUGAUGAUACCCCUAAGUUAAAACAAGUAGCUUUGGAACACCAUUCAUAUAGAAAGUAUAUAUUAUAUAUAUAUAUUAUAUAUAAUAGAUAUAUAAUUUCUUCUACGACAUUAAAUAUCAGCUCCAUUUGCAAAAAGAGUGUUUGGUUACAUUACCAUAUCUAUUUGCUUCUCUUCCACUGAGUAUUUUUCAAUGAUAUUAGGUUAUUUUUUUAUAUGUGGUGGUGUCUAAUAGCAUGAGCGCAAAAAAAGUCUACUAUAAUUUGGGCAACUCUUAUGCAGUUAAAACUGUUUUAAUUGUGUUAAAUAGAGCUUUAGUGUGCUCUUUUUCAUAUUAAUACCUGCGCAACGAUUAUUGCAUUAAAUGCAUUUAUAUAUAUUUAUGAUGUUUUGGAUACUUUAUUAAUUUUUCCAGACUUGUAUGAUAAGACAGAAACUUUUGCCUCUUUUGGUUGUAAUUUUUUAAAUGAAUAUGAGUGAAAGGUCUAAUUUAACUGUUUUAUGAGAAUGUAAAUGAUGAGUAUUGACUUUAAAUUUUUGGCCAUGUUUGAAUUUUUUUAUAGUAAGUGUUUUCUGUAAAGUAAUAAGUAUUGACAGUCCUAUUGUAAUUUUAGUUGUUGUGAAAUGUAUAUUUGACACUGGAGAUUUAUCAUGAUGAGAAUAUAGUCUCUAAUGUUUUUUAAGUAAUUUGACAUUUAUAUUUAGUUUUGUAGAUCACUGCAUUUGCAGUUAAAUGUUUUCUGACUUCUUUGAAUAAAAUUAUUUGUGUCUAUGACAUUUAUUUUUGUGUCAUGUCAUAUUGACCUCUUUGAAAUAUUACUGGGAAAAAGUAUUUUUGUGUCUCUGACAAUAGAAUGUGAAAUAAAAUUUUGUGUUCAAACA